AUGUGUAAACACACCUACCACCACUAUCCCAACUGCGGACACAUCUCCAAUUGGAGCAUGACCAGCUGCCAAGAAUACACAAACAAGCUCCGCCUGGCCGGUCCAGAGCGAAGCGUAUCUUGCACCCAAAUCAAAGCCUCCCAUGACCUUCUCCUCUCCACCCAGCCUAGCAUGUGCGUGCAGUGCGAGAGUGAGUGGGCCAAGAACCUCUCCUCUCAUGGAGACGACCAGGCCCAAACGUCCGAUUCUUACCGGGCCAUCGAGGGCCUGGAUGCUACAGGCCAAAUCAUCGAAGUUAACGCGCGCAUGGUGAGUGAUUCUACCCACAACGACAGGGACACAAGCAGUACUGACCACAGCGACAAUGGUCUGGUCUUCUUGGGUGCUGCCGUUGGUGAUUCGGGCAAUGGGGACGCGGACAGUGCUGGCCACAGCGACAAUGGUCAGAUCUGCCCGCGUGCUGUUGCCAGCGAAUUGGAGUCGGAUCGCGGAAGUCUCGCGCGUUCCAAUAAGUCGUCUGGGACGGCCUUUAAGUUUGCUCGUACUAAUCCAACUUCACCGGAGAUAGCUGGAGAUCUUGACUCUUUUGUGUCUACAAUUCCCAAGUCUAGUCCGGUUCAUCACGUCUACAGCAACCAUGAUAGUGGCUACGUAAAUGGCAGCGUUGAAAUUGAAUCACCGGACGCCGAGGCCACUGUAUAUGCAUCCCCCAGCGAAAAAAGUAGCUGCGACACAGACAGUUCUGGCUCGUCGCUUUGCGGAUCUUCUUUGAUAAGGUAUAAUAUACUUGAGCUGAGAAUUGACGAAUAUCUUGAGAAGCAGCAGCGACAGCGGGAGGGGAACACUGACCAUGAACAGCACGACGCUGACGCCUCCAGUUUGGACAUGAACAUUUACCUUGCUGACGUAGAUGACCCCCAUGUUGCUCUGGAGGACACACCUCCUUCGGCCACAGUUGAUAACCCUGAAGUUGACCAUGACUCGUCUCACGAGCCCUCUCUUGACAUUGACCUUGUGCAGCAGCGUAUUGAAGCGACCGUCCUGAAGCGCAUUGAAGAAAACAACGAAAAACAAGCCCGACAGGAAGCAAUCUCCAAGCUCCUGGACACCGCACUCCUAAAGAAGGACCGAGGGGACCGGCGCGAGAAGAACGCCGAGCUGGGAAUCGAAGAGGACCCCCACCUCUGGGACACAGAGUCCCUUGUCCAAAUGUGGCAAGCAAAGAAUCCCACCACUGCGACCCCCAAUAAUGCCAGCAUCGCCAUCUCCCCACGCACCUGCACAUCCCCCAAGAUCCAACAGGCUUCGCCAGCCCCAGCCCCCAGCCCCAGAAGCACAUGUACAUGGGCAGCAUGUUCGCAGACGAAGAAUCUGCCUUCCGACGAGGGCUGCGCGAGGUUCGGCCGUACGGUAAUUACUCAGGGCCUACUGGAUCCAAUUCACGUCCGAGGAUGUUGCGCGGAGCGACGAGCCGACUUCCACCUCUUCUAUGGGGUAAUGCAUGCACCGUCGGAGGUAGAUGCAGAAAGACGUUGGCUGGAGGAUAUCCGUCGGAUCUCCGGUGAAGACGGGAAGUUCUACGGGUUAUUGCGGGCGGAUGAUCUACGCCAUGCCCGCGCAAUGGGACUUACUAAUAUCAAACAUCCUUGGGGAUGUUGCAAGGAUGGGCUUUUUACGAUGCCGGAGCGCGUGCGUCAUAGGUACACCGGGUUUAUGUGUGCGAUUUCCCUGGAGGAGGUUGGACAUAUGGGACUCUGUGAUGCGGAGCCGGUUCCUGGAGAAUGUGGUGAUUACUAUGGUGGGACGUAUUAUGGUUAUGUUGAGGCUUACUGUGAGUUGGAUGCUUUCCAGAUGGGAUUGAAGGAGCCUGAACAUGAUGGGGAUUGUUGUGUGAAGCCCGAGGUUAGCGCUGUGUCGAUCUCUGACGCGGGGCAGUACACGUAUUACGGUUAUAUGUAUGCAAGCUCGGAGGAGGAGGUUGUGGAUAGGGGCCUGAAGGAUGUUCUACGUGUUCCUGGAUUUGAUAUUAAGUAUUCUGGGAAUUUGCAGGCGGGAACUGAGGAGGAGGCCAAAGCCAAGGGACUUUUUGAGCCUUCGCGUAUUAAGUGA